AUGGAACCGCAACCCAUCACAGAGUUCGCCUUAAAGGUCGCCAAGGAUCGCCAAGACCUAGUGCGUAAGGCACGCAAAAAUCUGGAACAAGCCCAGGAGAGACAGAAGAAGUAUUACGACUCGAAAAGAGCAAGCUUCACCCUUAGUGUCGGUGGCUUAGUUCUGCUGGACACCAAGAACCUUGUACUCAAAACAAUCAACGCUCACAUGGAGUUAAAGAAAGCCAAGCUCACAGCGAAGAAAGUUGGAUCGUUUGAAAUAAUCUCGAUGAUCAACCCGAAUGUAGCUAAACUAAAGAUUCCGCGAAACUUGAAGAGACUGCAUCCAUCGUUUAACGUCGACCUACUCUGUCCAUAUAUGUUGAAUGUGUCCGAGUUCGCUGUACGACCAAUUUCGAAGGCCGCACCAAUCAUCCUAGAGGCUGAUACUGGGAAGGAACUACACAUUUUGAAACAGGUGCUUCGUCGUCGUCAGCGCAGCCGCCAAGUGAUAUGGCUAGUGAAAUGGCACAACCUCCCGGAGUGUGACAUUACUUGGGACCGCGAAAAAGCUAUCCGCCAUGUUUCGCAUUGGCAGCGACUAGUACAUGACUUUCGAGACCACCAACGCGAAGUCAAGUCCGGGGAGAUGUCAUGUCGCCGAGUCGCGCAGUACAACUGA